GUGACCAAAGAAAAGAUAUAUUUGCAUGUUUCGUGGACUUCGAAAAGGCAUUCGAUAAAGUACAGCAUGUAAAAUUAAUGCAAAUACUGAAAAAUAUCGGAAUCUCCAUACAACGAGAAGUCAGACAAGGUUGCAUUUUGUCGCGAACAUUGUUCCGUAGAAAUAAAACGUAGAAUAGAAUAGAAUGACUAAAACUACUUUUAUGAAAAUGAAGUCCUUUCUUUGCAAUAAUCAUCUCAGUUUAGAUCUAAGACAAAGAAUGGUUAAGUGCUAUGUUUGGUCCGCACUUUUGUAUAGUGCAGAAGUGUGGACGCUAAGAGUAUCGAUUAUGAACAAAAUUGAAGCAAUGGAAAUGUGGAUUCAUAUACGAAUGCUGCAGAUACCUUGGACAUCAAGGAAAACUAAUGAAGAAGUACUAAGGAGCGUGAACAAAGAUAGGGAACUACUAAAGACUGUUAAACAUGGAAAAAUGUCUUAUCUGGGACAUACAGUAAGGAGAAGUCGAUAUAAAAUAUUACUAAUAUAAUUUAUCCUUAAAGGCAAAAUAGAGGGCCGUAGAGGUGUAGGAAGAAAACAAGUUUCUUGGUUAAAAAAACAUUCGUGAAUGCGUAGAACUGAUAAACAUGAACUUUUUAAGGACAACAUAGAAAAAAUAAAAAACAACGAUUUAUUAAAAUUAAUGAAUUUUAAUGAAAGUGACUAGAAAG